CUUCGUCUUCCUUGGGAACCAGGUGCAUCUCCAGCCCAAGACAUGUCCUGCUACAACCAGUGCCUGCCAUGCAGGCCCUGUGGCCCAACCCCACUGGCCAGCAGCUGCAAUGAGCCCUGCGUCAGGCAGUGCCAGAACUCCACCGUCGUCAUUGAGCCCUCUCCUGUAGUGGUGACCCUGCCCGGCCCAAUCCUCAGCUCCUUCCCGCAGAACACCGUUGUGGGAUCCUCCACCUCUGCUGCCGUUGGCAGCAUCCUCAGCUGUGACGGAGUCCCCAUCACCUCCGGGUGCUGUGACCUCUUGGGCAUUUCCAGCCGCUACUGUGGCAGAAGGUGCCUGCCAUGCUAAAGAAGCCAGUGGCCAUGGCCUUGGGGUUCUUCCCCCUGGAACUCACAACAUUGUGGUGGAGAAAAGAGGAAUCUUCGGGCCAUUGCUUUCAGAAUGACUGACCUUCCUCAGCUACUCUGGCAAACAUUGGAAGGAGCCAGACCAAGGUCUACCCUGAGAUUUCUGAAAACAUGGGCCAUGCCUCUCCUUCCAUCCCUCCACCUACCUCCUUCUCUCUCUGUUUUCUUUGUGCUCUUCUGCUCCCUUGGGCUGUGGGGCUCCUCAGAGCCAGCCCUCCCACUGCGGGAACAGCAGACACAUGCCCUGCAUGAACUCCAUCAUGAACAAGGGACGCUGCCUCUAUGUUGGUCUUGGUGAUCCCCGCGCUGAGGGGCCUCUGCUUGGAGUGAUCUGCUUUUCCUCUGUACACUCAUUAAAGAUUUCUGCAUCCCAGCCUUGGCUGUAGAUU